CCCUCACCUGUUACCAUACGAAUCAACGGUCGAAUUUUUUCUACAAGCUCGUGCCCGCAGUUUUCGCUCUCUAGCUCUUGGUGCUCUGCUCCCGCAGCACUUGUGGAUCCAUUGCAUUUUUGUGUGGAAGUCAAGCCCUCAGGGUGCGGCAUUCUGGCUAAGGAAGAAAUCCUGUUGAGAUUGAUUUUUUACUUUCAGGUAUACUUAACUUGAAAGACCCAAAGGAAAACAAUCUCUUCUUACAAAUGGACACAGCAUGUGGGUCUCUUCUCUCCGAAUUGCAGAUUAUAUGGGAUGAAGUUGGUGAAUCUGAUGCUGAGAAGGAUAGAAUGUUGCUUGAACUUGAACAAGAGUGUUUAGAGGUCUACAGAAAGAAAGUUGAUCAGGCAAACAGAUCUAGAGCGCAGCUUAGGCAGGCAAUUGCUGAUGCAGAGGCUGAGCUUGCCGCCAUCUGCUCUGCAAUGGGAGAGCGACCAGUACACAUUAGGCAGUCUGAUCAAUGUACUGGGAGCUUGAAAGCUGAACUCAGGGCCAUCCUACCAGAGAUAGAAGAAAUGCGAAAAAGGAAAUCUGAUAGGAAAAAUCAAUUUAUUGAGGUGCUAAAGGAGAUAGAACAGAUAAAGCAUGAAAUCUAUGGGGCAGGGGUGUGUGUUCCUCAUGACAUUUCAGUGGAGGAAACAGAUUUGACUCUAAAGAAGCUUGAUGAGUUGCAGAGAGAACUGCAUGCACUUCAAGCGGAAAAGAGUGAACGUCUGAAUAAGGUCUCGGAUCACCUUAACUGUUUGUACUCGUGCUGCUCCGUACUCGGAUUGGAUUUUAAGCAAACUGUCAGUGAGAUACAUCCAAGCUUGGGAGAAACGGAUAUUUCUAAAAACAUCAGCAAUGAUACCAUUGAACGGUUGGGAACUGCAAUUCAAAGACUGCAUGAGAUUAAAGUACAGAGAAUGCAGCAGUUACAAGAUCUUGCAACCUCAUUACUGGAGCUUUGGAACUUGAUGGACACACCAGUUGAAGAACAACAGGCAUUUCAGAAAGUUACCUGCAAUAUAGCCGCUUCAGCUGAUGAAAUCACGGAACCUGACAUGCUUUCUAUUGACUGCAUCAAUUGUGUCAAGGCUGAAGUUUCCCGAUUAGAGGAGCUGAAGGCAAGCAAAAUGAAAGAGCUUGUUUUGAAAAAGAAGGUGGAGCUAGAAGAUAUCUGUAGGAAGACACAUCUAAUUCCAGAAUCACUUGGUUCAAUUGACUUGGCCAUAGAUGCUGUUGAGUCAGGAGCUGUUGAUGCCUCCUGUGUUCUUGAACAAAUUGAGAUCCAAAUAUCUAGAGUCAAAGAUGAGGCUUUUAGCAGGAAAGAAAUCCUUGAAAAAGUUGAGAAGUGGAUGGCUGCACGUGAGGAGGAGAGUUGGCUUGAGGAGUACAACAGGGAUGAAAACCGCUAUAAUGCCGGGAGAGGUGCUCAUCUCACUCUAAAGCGUGCUGAAAAAGCUCGCGCAUUGGUCAACAAACUUCCCACAAUGGUGGACACGUUGGCUGCAAAAACUAAAGCAUGGGAAAAUGAAAAGGGAAUCCAUUUCACCUAUGAUGGAAUCCGUCUCCUUUCCAUGCUCGAAGAUUACAUUGCUUUCCGGCAAGAAAAAGAACUCGAGCGCAAAAGGCAGCGGGAUCAAAAGAAACUUCAGGAGCAACUAUUGACAGAGCAGGAGGCUCUUUAUGGUUCAAAGCCGAGCCCUAUGAAGAACCAGAGUGCAAAGAAAGGUUCCAGGCUGUCCUAUGGAGGUGGCCUGAGCAAUCGAAGACUUUCUCUUGGCGGAUCAACACUACAUACCCCUAAGCACGACACAAUUCCUUCAUCAAGAGCUACACCUAACACACGCAACGCCAAAAAACUCGACACAAACCAGGAUUGUUUUCGAGAUGAUGGACUUGCAUCAUCCCUCUCCUCAGGGAGGAGAGGUUUGGAUUUGGCUGGUUUCCCUGUCAAGCAGCAUUCUUUCAACCUCGAAAGCAGCCGCGAAAUUGACCCCCCCUUCACAAGAAAGCCAUUCUCCCCUAUUUCAUCCGUGGACUCGUCGAAGUCGAAUGCAGCAAACAUUCUGGAAGACAUAAACAAGAAGCAAAAUGACAUGCUGCAGAAGACACUGUUAACACAACCAUUCUCCACUCCCUCCAAGCCAUCGACAUUCCCUACACUCGAUCCCGAGAACAGAACUCCUCAAGCAAUGGCUGCCAUCCCCAUCCCCUCCACGCCGUCCACCGUAUCCCACCCAAUGCAGAUGGUCCUAACGCCGGCCAAACCGCCUGCACCGGGCAUCCCCAUCCAUGAUGAGAUCGAAUACUCAUUCGAAGAGAGACGAGCUGGAUUCGUCGUCGUGCCGCCUGCCAGGUCACAUCUCCUUGCAUAAUUGCAACUAUAAAAUGUCGAUUGAUUCGAAUUCAUUCAGUGUGAUCGUUUUAUGAUUUGGAUGUGUCAACAUGAUCAGUCAAAUUCUGUUGUCUUCAUCAUGUGUUCUUGUUGUUCUUCUUCCAUCACUCAACCAAUUGUGAGCUCAUCUUUCAUUUUUUAAGUCAGUUCCA